AUGUUUAGUUACGACUAUCCACGUCCUGCUGUUACUGUUGAUAUUGUGGUUUGUACAGGUGAACUCUCGGAUGUGCUGUUGAUUCAGCGUAAGCAUGCCCCGUUUGAAGGGUGCUGGGCACUGCCGGGUGGUUUCAUUGAGAUGGAGGAAACGCUGGAAGCGGCAGCACUGCGUGAAUUGGAGGAGGAAACGGGGGUGUCCGAUGUAGCACUCACCGAGGUUGGGAUCUUUGGGGCACCGUUUCGCGAUCCACGCGGGCGCGUAAUUACUAUCGCCUACGCAGCAGUUAUUGAAGAGCCUACGCGAAACGUUCGAGCUGGAUCUGAUGCCUCAGCAGCUGCAUGGUUCUCGACGGCUCUUUUCGACCAAACUUGCGAGUCAAACCCUACUCUAAAAAGACCGAAACUCGCGUUUGAUCAUGCUGAAAUAAUCCGAAAGGCACUGGAAAAACUAAAAUGA